AUCUUAUUAUUUGUACGUUUUUUAAUAUCCAGCUUCUAGCAGAAGCUGCUUCUAUAGGUAGUAGAGUGUGUUAUUAUUGUUCUUGUUAUUGUUUUUAUUAUUAUAAACUGAGCGAGUGCUAUUCAUAAAAACAAAAUAACGUCAACUGGAUAAUGUUUGUUUUGCUGGUGUUACUAUCAACAACGCAUACUUUACAUGUUUAGGCACGGUAACUCCACCAAAGGUUCAAUAUGCUAGAAAAAACUUUGGCAAAAGAAGCGAAGAAGGCGCUUAUUUCGGUCAGGCAACACGGAAGUCUGCCAUUUCCUGCCAGUAGUUGGGUCCUGUACAGCAGCCCGUGCGAGGUUGUCCUGGAGACCCCGCGCUGCCUGCACCUCUAUCGUCUCGGUUGUCAUGGAUGAUGAAGACGGCAGGUGCCUUCUAGAUGUAAUUUGUGACCCAGAAGCUCUCAAUGACUUUCUUCAUGGAUCUGAGACCCAUGGCCAUGUUCCAGAGGUCCAGCCUGCUGUCCAACUGUCGGCUAGUGAACCGGCAGGUCUGCCCAGAGUCAGUGUUGACUUGGAUUUCUUGGAGGAUGAAGACAUCCUGGGUGGAUCCCCAGGUGGUGAAGGUGGAAGCAAUGGCAUUGGGACAAACCACGAGCCAUGUGACAUCCUGCAACAGAGCCUGGCAGAAGCCAACAUCACAGAGCAAAGCUUACAGGAGGCAGAGGCUGAGCUGGACCUGGGCACCUUUGGAAUUCCAGGCCUUACACAGGUAGUUCAGACACUACCUGAUACCAGCCUCUCUGGUGCUGGAAGCACUGCUGUUGGUGUAGGUAUUGGUGUUGGGGGAGCAACAGCUAUUUUCCCUGGGUCAACCCCUAGUACCACUGCUACUCCCCCUAAUGCCACAGCUGAAAUGCUAGGGUCUGUCCUUGCUCAGCAGGGUCUACAGCUCCAAUCCCAGGUCAUUAACAAGGCCAUUAGUGUCCAGCCAUUUGUGCAGCCCGUAGGCCUGGGAAAUGUGACUCUUCAACCCAUUUCAAGUCUUCAAGCACUUCCUAAUGGGAGUCAGUCUGGACAUUUGGGUAUUGGACAAAUUCAGGUUGUGGGUCAGCCCACAGUCAUGACUAUCAAUCAGUCUGGACAACCAAUCUUAGCUAAAGCAAUGGGUGGUUACCAACUUCACCAGUCUGGAUCGGAGGUAUCAGGUGCUGGUUCUCAGACAGGGCUUGGGGGCUCAGGGAGUGGACUUGUGAUCCAAGGUAAUAAAGCCACUUUGGGAUCUCCAGCUUUAAAUGGACCAGCUGUAUGUGUCAGCAGUACAAACAGCAGCAGUGGUGGUACAAUGACCGCUCCUGCUGGGCUUGUGGGCUUUGGCAGCAACCCUCUCGGUUCUGGAAUUGCAUCCCAAAUGCAAACACAAGGUCAAAUAAUGCAGAAUGUCAUCAUCCAACGGACACCAACUCCCAUUCAGCCUAAGCCUCCUCAGGGAGGAACCAUCCAACCGAAACAUUUCAAACCACAACAGCAGCAACAGCAAGCAUCCCAAGCAUUGCAAAAUGAUGCCCACAAGGCGUUAGGGCUACAGCAGAUACCAGUUUCUGCAGCUCAAAAUGUUACCUUUCUGACUGGAAAACCUGGCUCUAACGUUGUUCUAAGUACUCAAGCCACAACCCAGGGCCCCCAGUUUCAACAAACACUAUUUAAGCAACAAACAGCACAACCAUCUGGCAAGCCCCUGAGUGUUCAGUUGUUAAAUCAAUCAGGCAGCAUUGUUCUCCCACCUCAGACAGUUUUGCAAGGUCAGAAUCAUCAAUUCCUUCUCCCACAGCUCCAGCCAGGUGGGCAGAUAUUGACCCAGCAUCCUGGGGGCCACAUUAUAACUAGUCAGGGUCCCGGUGGACAAAUUAUUGCAAAUCAGAUUUUAACUGCAAACCAGAACAUCAAUCUAGGUCAGGUGUUGACUUCACAGGGCCACACAGGAGCCCACAUCCUCUCCGGACCCAUUCAGCUUCAGCCUGGCCAGAUGGGCACACCAACACUUUUUCAGAUGCCGGUGUCAUUGGCCCAGAGUCAAAGCCAGACUCAGUCACACACUGUCUCAGGUCAUGCCCAGACGGUCAUACAGGGCAUGCCAAUCCAAAACUCCCUAACCAUGCUGGGCCAAGUGGAGGGGCUCAGUCCUGCAGUCACCCUUCAGCCAGCCCUGCAAGCUCAAGCAGGUACAGUUCCUAACAGCAGCAGCACAGUGGGAGCAACCAUGAGUCAGGGUCAGCCUGGAGAGUGUGUUACUGUGCUUGGCAACUCUGCAGACCAGGUAGCUCAUCAUACACAGCAGCCCGUGGGACAGUCGUCUAUUCUCGCCAUGCAGCCUGCUUCCUCUGUGUCAACGACCAUCGCAGUACCUGCCUCGUCUCCGUCCAUAUCUGUGUCCACCUCCUCGUCUGUCACAGCAGUGGGGCUGGUUCCCCAUCAGGCUCAGCACAGUCCAGGAAGGUUAUUGCUUACCAACCAGGGCUCCAGCAUGAUUCUUAGCCAAGAAUCUCUGCAGAUGUUCCUGCAACAGCAGCAGCACCACCAAACAGAGAAUGAGUCAACCCCCUCAGUGGGAGUGCCUGCGUCUGUAAUCGUCAGCAGCAACAACAUCACUGCUCUGGCCCCCGCUGUCCAUGACAGCCAAUUAACUGACUCUUGGGUGGGUCAGAGCCACAGUCCUUGCCCUGGCCCUUCCCACAUGACAGCAGUGGUAAAGCAGCUGCCGUCCAGUGGACAUCAACAGCCCAUAAAGAUCCAGAGCAUGUCCCCAUCCACUGCCUUGACCACUCACACUGCAGCACCUCCAGUGGUAGUGAGUCCCCAGCCUUCCCAGUCUCCUCUCACUCUGAGUCAACAGAUCCAGUCACCACAUCAGCAGCAGUCCCGUCCUCCCUCUCAGCCACAGCCACAGUCCCAGACUCCGUCUCGCUCCUGCACCCCCUCAUCUCACCCUCCGCUUUUUAUUGUUCACAACCAAAUUACAGAGUCUCCCCAACCAACACCACAGGGUCAGCCCCAGCAAACGCAGCUACAGCAGACGCACAUUCCAGUUCAGCUUCAGUCUCAACCUCGCCCACCCUCUCAGCCUGUCCCCUAUCAACAGGAUGUCUCCCCUUUGGCACAGUCACCAAAGCCUCCUCCUGCACCACCUGCACAAAACCCGUUCACUGCGCCUCCUGUUAGCACUUCUGCUGCACCCGCUGUUGUAAAAGCUCAAAUUCCCAUUCAAGGUUUGACAUCAGAGCAGCAGCACCACCACCUGCAGUUAGUAGGAGCACAGAUUCAGACCCUCUCUGCCAUCUCCCAGCCCACACCUCAGCAGAAACAGCUGCUGGACAAGUUGCACCAGGUCCAGCAGAACAUUCUUUUGCAGGCCAAGCAGGCUGCCCAGGUUCCCGCUCAACCCAACACUCAGUUAAAUUUCCAGCAAGACGUGCCUCUUGAUAAAGUUGUGCUUGCAUCAACGCCGAGCACUGCUACCCCUGCCCAACUUUCUUCCGUGCUGCAGCCCACACCAGUGCUUGUCAAACCUCCUGUUACAGCAUCAAGUGACCUACAACUAUUCUCAGGAGCCCAAGGGCCAGCUGGAGCAUUGGUGAAUCAGUCAGUCACCCAUGCAAACCUUACUCAGCCUGCACAGGUUCAGCCAAAGCCAGGAGUGAUCAGCUCAGUUGGAGGGAUGACUCUGGGCAAAGUUGGAAUGCAGAUACAAGUGUUAGGACCUAGUCUGGCUCAAAUGCCUGCUCCACAGGCACCAGCUCCAGCACAAACUCAGACAACAACAACUACAACAAUGAAGAUGCCUUUCAGUGCAGAGCCCAGCAAGGAAGCAAGGAUGCUUGAACAGCUGAGGAAACAGCAGGGUUCGGUGCUUCACCCAAACUACAGCGCUCCUUUCUGCUCUUUUGAUGACACACUGCAUAGACUGCUUCCUUACCAUCUCUACCAGGGAACUGCCAACUCUUCUCAAGACUAUCAAAAAGUGGAUGAUGAAUUUGAGAGAGUGUCGUGUCAGCUGUUGAAAAGGACCCAGGCUAUGCUGGAUAAAUAUCGCUACCUACUCUUCGCUGAAUCCAAACAGAGACUUGGCCCCUCAGCAGAGAUGGUGAUGAUUGAUCGGAUGUUCAUUCAGGAGGAAAAAAUUGCAUUGAAUCAGGACAGGGUUCUGGCCAAGGAAAGCCCAGAGGAAUUCGUAGCAAACGCCCGCUUGUUGGACAGUGUAUUUUCAUCCCUGGAGAAAUCCCCGCCUGCUGAGCACACCUCAGGGAGUGGAAAUGUUACUGCUCCUUCUAACGCUGCUUCUAACGUCCCUACCACCACCACCACCACUGCUGCUGCUGCCGCGGUUGCCGUCCCUGCUCCAACACCUGCUGCUCCUGCCCCAACCCCGUUGCCAAAAUUCAACCCAAACCCUCCCCCCAUACCAGCCCCAGCUUCAAUUCCUGCUCCAUCUCCUACUCCUUCUGCCACGUCUGGCAGCCCCUUCCCUCCUACCAAACUUGUAAUAAAGCAAGGUGGAGGUGGAGCUUCUGUUUCAUGGUCUAGCAGCUGCCCACCGCCUCUAGCUGCAGCAGGCAAGUCAGUGGCCAGACCCACCAGCCACAGCUCUUCCUUUGGCCGGGCACCUCCAGCCUCUUCCUCCUUCUCGUCCUUUGACACACAGGCAGCAGACGAUGAUGACGCUCUGCCUCUACAGAGGACCAGCAAACCACCUAUCAAGACCUACGAGGCCCGCAAGAGAAUUGGCUUGAAGCUAAAGAUCAAGCAGGACCAAACUGGGUUCAGUAAGGUGGUCCAUAACACGGCCUUAGACCCAGUUCACACACCUCAACCUCAGCUGAGCAGUCAGUCCUCAUCCCAACCUCAGCCUGGAGCUGCACUGCCACAUCCAAAGUCUCACUCUUUAUCGUCUCAAUCGACAACAGUCAUCAGAACUCAGCCUUCUGUGUGCACUGCUUCCUCUGAAACAUCAGUCUCCACAACAACCACUUGGUGUAACCAGACCCAGCGAGGUAGCUUUCCUCCCACUGCAGUCCCGUCUUCAUCUUCAUCUUCCACUAAUACGUGGUCAUCCUCCUCUUCCUCAUCAUCAACCACACAAAUGAAUGGGACUGUGGAUCAUCAUAACGUGGGUGGGGUUAAGCACAACCCUGCCUCCACUGCCAAUCCUUUUCCGACCACCUGCCGUCUUCCCCUUCGGAAAACCUACCGAGAAAACAUUAGCCCACGGGUGCGACCUGGAGUCCCUGGGGGAGGAGAUGAGAAUCUGUCCUACCCCAGACCAUCACUAUCACCCCCCAGGCAGGAAGCCUCAUCCCCUUCCUCAGAGCGGACAGUAAUAGCAAGUGUUAAGGUAGAGAAAAGAGGCAGAGAAGGCUUGCAAACUUUCCCAGAGACUACCCAACAAAGGAGUCGUUUGGGGAGUGCGGUGAAUGAAGUGGAUGAGGUUUUCAAUCGUGGUAUAAAAACCACACACCAUCACGUACCACAGCUCCUGGAAAAGGAAGGGGCAAAGGAGAGAGUAGAGGAGCACACAGACCAAGAGACUGAUGUUGGUAAGUUCAAGAUUGCGGGAGGGAAAAAUAGACAUAGGAUAGGUGCAACAUUCAGAAUGGACCAGCAUGCCCCUGGGCCACCCUCUCCAGAGUCUUCCUUUACAAGAGACCCUUUACUUCCUGCCAAACGUUGCAAAUCAGAUUCCCCUGACAUGGAUAAUGCUAGCUUUUCUAGCGGCAGCCCCCCAGAUGACUCUCUAAAUGAGCAUCUGCAGUGCGCUAUCGACAGCAUACUGAACUUACAGCAGGAGCCUUCUACACAUGGGCACCAUAUAAGAGGGGGCAACAAGCCCCACCACCACCACCACCAAAGCCAGCGCCAAGGGGGCUCAGUAGCUUCGUCCCACAGACCCUUAGUCCCACCGGCCUCCUCUACUUCGACGCCCUCCCUGGUCCAGCACCCUCAGGUCAGUGGCCGUGGCCACAACGGCAACCUAGUGCCCCAGAGUCAAAGUAGAUAACAGCCCCUCAGCCUGAGGCCAGACUGACGGUGAUGGGAACUGAGAGACAUGAUUUUGGCAGGGGGUCACUGUGAAAACAGCAUCACUGUACUACUCUGACAGACUGUGUUGACUUUGUUUGUCCCUUUGAAUUGUCCAAACAUUUCCUUGUCAUUUACAGCCUAAGUUUGAGCCGCAGUGGUCCACGUGUGAGUGUGGUUUAAGGUUGUACAGAUCUGUCCACGCGGCAGACUCUACAACAACUGCCCUAUCGUCUUUGUUCUGUCAGCUGUGCUUGAAAAAGAUGUAAUUAUCAGAUGUUGUUCUCCUCUCUUCAUACAUUCCCGUCAUGUGAUCUGAGCACCAACGGUUACUCUCCUUUAAACAGUGUCCCAGUGAGCAUCAGGCAGCUCCACAAGUCAACAGCUCUAAUUUCAAAAUGUGUUACCUGCACUUGAGAAAAUAUUUGUGCUGUACAAAAAGUUACAUGCGGUAUCGUCCUACAACAACCAAGUGUAAUGUCCUUAUCAAAAAAGUAAUGCAAAAAGCACAUAUGAAAAAUUGGGCCUUUUCUUGUAGAAUCUCAUUAUUUUCAGUUGGUGAAAUGCAGCCUUAACUCCCUUCAUCCCCUGCCUCAGCUAAAUAUGCCUCACAUUUUAAGACAAAAUGUGUCAAUGAAAUUAUAUGUUGUUUUUCUGUUCACCACUCACGGGCUCUUUGUUAAGAUGUAAAUGAUCAUGUAAGGAAGUUUGGUUCGUUUUUGGCUUUCCAUUUUUUUAGGGCAUCCUCACACACGUCUGCCCCAUGAUGUCACAUUAGGGCUUUAUGCAUUUUAGUCAGCAGGGGGCAGGCCAGUUUUAACUGUUGAUUCUCUCUGUUCUCAAGUGUGUUUCAUAUUUCUACAACUGUCUCUCUGCCUCCUCCUGUGUGUGUGUGUGUGUUUUUAAAGCCUGGUGGACAAUUCAAACCCAAACACAGCACAAGCAUUGAAAUGGAAAAAAAGGAACAAUAAUAUUGUACAAAAAGAAGGUGAGAGAAUUUGAAGUAUAGUAUUACAGAUUAAUUUUGUAUUGUAUUUAUUGUGUAUAAUGACACUUUUUAAAAAAAUGUACAUUUAGUAAAACUGUAAAUUAAACCUUGCUUCUUAAU